AUGUCAUCCUCCCGCAGGUCUGGGCGUGUUACGGGCCCCAAGAAAGUUUACACCCAGGAUCCUUUUCAUAUAGCUGGAAUUAGUGAUGACUCCGACCACGGCGGACAAGCAACGUCCUCCAAGCGCAAAACCAAGCGCCCCAAGAAAGAAGACUCCCCUUCUGAUGAGGAAUUUGUUGCCGCCUCUGGCGACGAUGCCAACAACAGAAUUGAUAACGAAGAAGACGAAGAAGAUGCCGAAGAGGAGAUGGAAGAAGCACCUGAUGAUUCCGAGUUCGAAGAAAUGGAUUUGGAUGAACCCAAGGCCAUCCCCAAGAAAGGGAAUAAGGCAGUUCAGCAACGCGACUUGAUUCUGAAAAAGCGAAAGACCGGCGGCAUAGUCGUGCCAGAUGUGGACGAGACACACUCUCGUGGUCUUCUUGACCCCAAGGACCAUCUGUCAAAAAGUACAUAUUACAAUCUGACAUUCGGUGCCGACGAUCGUGACCUGAUCGCAGCCAUCUAUUUCCGUGGCAUAUGGAACAAGGGACGUGACUCGAUAUUUCCAACUCGCACUACCUUGGAAGGACCCAGACCGGAUGGACAUGUCUAUGGACCAACGCACGGUGUCCACCCAGACGACGUGAAGAGGGAAAGCACGCGCGGAUGGGACUGGUACUAUAACAAAGAGCCCGGAGAGAGAUUCCGGAAACGACAACGCACGAAGAAUAUUGAAGAAUCAACAGCUCGCCAGAAGUACUUGCCGCAACCAAAGGAUCGGCAUCACGACAUUCUUCUGGGGCCCUAUGACAACCAGCAGCUUUUCAGCCUGGGGUACCAUGAGUCCUUUGAUUAUGGCAAAGUCUGGGGAGAAAGGCACUCUAAAACAAAUGAGCCAGAAAGGAAGACGAACAAAAUUCGAGAGGGAUGGAUUCUAAACAUGGGCCAUAAGAUCCAUUGCAUGGCUUGGGCUCCGAACCAUGACGGUCUUGCUCAGUACCUUGCUGUGGUUGCACCAAUCACUGAAGAGCAGAAGGACCAGUACAAAGCUGAUAGAAGCGAACCUCUUUCAUCAUUCAAACCCUCGCCGCCUUUUCCUUGCGCGCUCCAGAUCUGGGAAUUCAAAGCCAAAAAGAGUGAUACCUCGACGAGAACUCUUGACAUGGACUGCAAACCAAAGUUACGACAAGUCUUAUGUGCUGAUUGGGGAGACCUGAGGCGGAUGUCUUGGUGCAGACUGCCUAGAGAAAAACGGGACGAAGAUGACGAAGAGGCAACAAAGUCUAUCGGGCUACUAGCAGGGGUUUGGGGAGACGGAAAAUUCAGAGUUUUGGAUAUCAAAUUACGCCGAGGGUCGAAAGAGACAGAAUUCAGUGCGUGCUUAUUCACUCAAUUGGUGGAGUCCACUAACACGGAAGCUCUAGUCAAACUCCAGUCACCCGCUUUUGAAGCAAAACCACCCGACACAAUCUGCACAUGCGUCGCUUGGUUAUCUCCUAGUGAUGUUGCAGUAGGCUGCAGCAAUGGAUUCGUGUCUAUUUGGAACAUUGGAUUCUCUGCAACUGAACCACUUCCCUUCUUCUAUCGACCAAUUCACUCAACAUACGUGUUGGACAUCACAUCUGUGUAUCCAAACCAUCCUCACCAUGUGAUCACUAUAUCCAUGGACGGUGAAACUUAUAUGUGGUCUAUUCUCGAUCCCGUGGCCGAUAAAGUCUCAACAGUCCGCAUGCGAAUGCCAUCCCCCAACAUCAGCUAUUCCCCCAUCCUUCAGUCCGCUGUUUCCGGCGACGAACAGGAAUACGCCCGCAUCAUUCCAAUCCGACGAUUCUUUACAAGUAAUGGCAUAGGCAGAUUCUCCAGCAAUGUCUCGGCCAUGGCUCCAUGUAGUUUCUCGCACCCCUGUGUCCUGUAUGGGAGCGCCGCAGGGGAGGUGUUAGGAACCAAUCCUUUCCGCCGGGUGGUCUACAACAAGGAGCAAGUGUGGCAGCAAAUGUGGUUCACACAUGAAUGGGUUCCAAGCUCGAAAGCCGACACUGCAGGCACCAGCCGGUUUUUCGAUGGAUACCGGGCAGAGAGCCAGAAACUGGCCAAGCACAUGACUAGCGACACUAGGCCGAUCACUGGCAUCCCUACCUCCACAAUCUACGAAGAAGGCACCCACGUCACAGCCCUCGGGUGGAACCCCAACCCUUCAUGUUGUGCGUGGGCAAGUGCAGCGCUGGGGAGUGGGCUGGUACGAGUGGAGGAUCUGGCUAUCUAG